UAUCUGUUCUGCUUGGAUGUCUUUCUCCAACUUCUGUUAACCUUGGCGCUUUUCGUCUGUCCUUUGAUCUUGUACAGCUAGCCAACCUUGGGUUUAACCCUUUUUCGUUUCUUUCCCCUUUGUCCCCUUCGAUUGAUCUAUAUGACUAUAUGUUUCCCCUUUCCUUUUCCCUCUGUUUUUGCCGCUUGAUGAGGGUAUUUCUACGCAAUGAUUUCAUCAAAGGAAUAUGCGAUACAACCUCCACAGGAGCUAUAAAUGCAGGUAGAAGGAACUCAAGGUGGCCCAAAACACACACCACUUUGCUUUAGCCAAAACAACAAUAACAAUGGGUUGCGAAUUUUCUCCCAAGCUGCCCUUCUUAGAUUUCUCCAAGCUGGAACUGAGCAGCGUGGGAAGUUCAGAGUGGGAAUCCUUGAAAUCUCAAGUUCGCGAGGCGUUGGAGGAGUACGGCUGCUUCGAGGCGUCUUACGAUAAGAUACCUUCCGACCUUUGCAACGCCUUCUUCGGAUCCAUGGAAGAGAUUUUCGAGCUUCCUUUGGAGACCAAGCUGCGGAAUGUGUCCGACAAGCCGUACCAUGGUUACAUAGGAAAUCAUCCUAGUGUUCGGCUGUACGAGAGCUUGGGGAUAGAUGAUGUCGCGGUGACUGAAAAGGUUGAAGCUUUUGCCAACUUGAUGUGGCCUCAAGGAAACCCAAAUUUCAGGUAAAUUAAGGGGUUGGUUUGACAUCGCUCUAAUUUUUACAAACUUGAACUUUUGGCUGCAAUUUUUAGAUAUAAUUAGUGCGUUUUGGAAAAAAACAAUUCAGUAUUUGGUUUAUAGAAAGGCUUGAGUUCCUACUUCCUAUAUACAGAAUUUCAUAAUUUAAUUUGAUUCAUAGAUUAUUUAGGAUAAAAAAUAGGAUUUCAAAAUUCAUAUUAUAGGGAUAAUGAGGUAAAUUACGGAUUCCUGGACAGCUAAACUUUUUUGUAAUUUGGGAGUGAGGUGGUGCAAAUUUUGAGGUGGUUGUUAAGAGAUUUCAGUUAUAUCAACUUAUAUAUAUGGGGCACGGUGAAAUCCGGGGUACCAUAUAUCUUGAGUAAGAAAACGCUAUCCAGAACAUCAAUUGACUGAUCUUUCGGACAUGAUACUAUAAUCUAACCCUUAAAGAUCAACAUCUAGGUCUUAUUCUCAAAAUCUUAUACCCCAAGAUCAAUUUAAUUAGAAACAAUAAUCGACGACUAUGAUUCGUCCAAAUACAGGCAAAAAAAUCAAUGCACCAUCUUAGGGUUUAUAGUUUAUGAUUUGGAUAAUUAGGACAUAGGGUUCACUCAUUAAUGGUUAGGGUAUAGUAUCAUGCACAAAAAUCCUGCUAAUUCAAGGUUUAGAUAGCGUUUUCAUACCCAAGGUAUGCGGUACCCCGGAUUUCACCCGGGGUACCAUAGAAGGCACCAUAUAUAUAUAUGGUGAGUCACAAAAAUGAGUGUGUUCAAUGCACGCAACUCAAAAACUAGUGAGAUAUCUCUAUCUAGAUCAUAAAUUAAAUCGAGUUUUGGUUAUGAUACUAUACCCAACCUCUAAUGGAUAAACCUCAUACACUGAUUUUCUAAACCCCAACUCGAAGUUUGAUUUAAUGAAAAACAAAAAUUGACCGUUGAGAUCGGUCGGAGCUCAUCUAAGUACAUCUAAUGGUUAGAUCACCUGCUGUAUACUAUACGUCUGACGUACACCAGUUAUUACCAUAUAUAUAUAUAUAUGGUGACCACUUCGGUGCACUCACUAAAAUGAGUGUGUUCAAUGCACCCAACUCAAAAACUAGUCUUAAGGUGUCGAAUUUUGAAUUUUAAUUUGUAGAGUUAGUGUAAUAUGAUGAUAUAACAUAUGAUAAUAACUAAUUAGAGGAUUACCCUAAGCCCUAGACCUCCAAUUUUGAGUUCUAUCCCUAAACCCAAAUUGUAAACCCUAACCCGAAUCCUAAAUCUCUAAACUCUAAAUCUUACAAAUUAAAGUAAAUAUUUAAUGGUUUUUGUGCAAAUUCAUGUGUGUUAUUGUUCAUCACAUCAUAAGUGAUGAUUGUCAUCAUUUUGACAUAAAUCGCAUGUUUAAAAUAACAGUUAUGAAGCGAGUGCACUUAAUGCACCCAAAAAAGUGAGUACACCGAAGACGCCACCAUAUAUAUAUAUAUGACAUAAUAUCGUUGCUAUAAGAACCAAACCAGAUCAACGGUUGCCAGUAGAAUCGUCAAACCAAUUAUGAUAAUGGUUGGUCCAUUACUUGGAGGCUUAUUGAUUGACCAAACGGUUUUUCACGGGUCAAAAUAAAAUUAUAUGAACCACCACGGUUUAACUAGUCCACUUGUUCACUAACCACAAAAUUUGUACAAAAAAUACUUUAACGUAAACUAAGAUCAUCAAACCAAAAUUAUUAAAUUGAUUUAUGCUUCAACUUUUUAUUUUCCAAUUUUGUUGUUGACUUUACGUGGUUCACCACUGAUUGGCACCGUAAUCUUUAUCUUGAAUUUAAAAAUUAUUAUUUCUUUUGUGUGAUAGUUUGAAUAAUUUGUUAGAUAUUUU